CAUAAUAAGUUUGCUCACAUCCUUUUAGCAUAAGGAGGUUUUAUGUUUGUUUACUCGGCGUUUAUUUCAUGUUGAUUGGAUUACUAAUAAUUGGGGAGGUUAAAAUUUAACGGGGUUGGGGAGGGGGGUCAACAUGUCGAUCCAGUACGAGGCACCGCUGGCGGACAGCUACGGAGUGGCGGACUCGUUUCCCAAAGAUUUCGGAUAUGGGGAAGAGGAGGGAGACAUUGAGGACAGUCCUUCUCCCUCCGACAGUAAACCAAGAAUCCUGCUAAUGGGGUUGAGGAGGAGCGGGAAGUCCUCUAUCCAGAAGGUGGUGUUUCAUAAGAUGUCGCCCAAUGAGACCCUCUUCCUGGAAAGCACCAACAAGAUCUAUAAGGAUGACAUCUCCAGCAGUUCCUUUGUCAACUUCCAGAUCUGGGACUUCCCGGGACAAGUGGACUUUUUUGAUCCAACUUUUGAUUACGAGAUGAUCUUCAGAGGAACUGGAGCUUUGAUAUUUGUCAUCGACGCUCAGGAUGACUAUGUGGAGGCUCUUAGUCGACUCCACCUAACAGUAUCGCGGGCCUACAGAGUGAACCCUGAGAUCAACUUUGAAGUGUUCAUCCAUAAAGUAGAUGGCCUGUCUGAUGACCAUAAGAUCGAGACCCAGCGGGACAUACAUCAGAGGGCUAAUGAUGACCUGGCAGAUGCAAGCUUAGAGAAACUACAUCUCAGUUUCUAUUUGACGAGUAUAUACGAUCACUCUAUCUUCGAGGCCUUCAGUAAAGUUGUCCAGAAGCUCAUCCCUCAGCUUCCCACGCUGGAGAACCUUCUCAACAUCUUUAUAUCUAAUUCAGGGAUCGAGAAGGCCUUCCUGUUUGACGUCGUCAGUAAGAUUUACAUUGCCACUGACAGUUCACCGGUGGACAUGCAGUCCUAUGAGCUCUGCUGUGACAUGAUCGAUGUGGUCAUUGACGUGUCCUGUAUUUAUGGAUUAAAAGAGGACGGCAGUGGCAGUGCAUAUGAUAAGGAAUCUAUGGCCAUCAUCAAACUCAACAACACCACAGUGCUCUACCUGAAAGAAGUCACCAAGUUCCUCGCUCUGGUCUGCAUCCUGAGAGAAGAGAGCUUUGAGCGCAAAGGAUUAAUAGACUACAAUUUCCACUGUUUCCGGAAAGCCAUUCAUGAGGUGUUCGAGGUGGGAGUUUCCACCUCAAGGACAAGCAACCAGCCAGUUGGCACCCCUCUUAUGAAAACUGUUGCCUUAAAUGGAACCCCAAGGAGCACUGUGUAGAGAGAAGGUGAUAAAGACAAUAAUGAAAAGUGUGGAGAAGAUGGAUAAGGUAAUAAAA